AUUCAAAAUUUUGAGAUUUUAUAAUUUCUUGUGACACUAACCUUGAGUUUCUGUUACAUACUAACUUCGAAACUUAAUUUCUUGGAGACGUUUCAAUGAAUUUUUAAUCAAAUCCCCUCCUUGAUACCUCAAUUUCUUUUCUUUUUUCCCCGAAUUUCACUGUCAAAUUAUAACAAAUAAUUCCAACGAUGGAUUGCAAAUUAACAAAUAGGUUCCCAUCCAAAUGAUUUAUUUUCCCCCGAAUUUCACUGUGAAUUUAUUUAUCAUUAAUCUUCUUCCUACAAUCUUCCCCUCUUUCGGUCAUUGCAGUUCUUGUUCUUUAGCAUUGUUGGAAUCGGCUACCUCCUUUUCUUCAAUCCCUCGUUUCUGUCCUCAAUUUGAUCAGUAUAUAACCCACCUUCACUAACCCUUGAAUUUCCACCAAAACCCCCAAAUUCAAAGUCGAUUGUAUCCCGAGAGAGAAGAAAUGGAUACGAAGCCGGAAGAGGACGCUCGCACCACCACCUCCGCCGUCGUGAGCACGACGCCAGAGUACAACAGCAGCAGCGUCAAGAAGGCUAGAUUGGAAUCAACCUUGGCGGCGCUUCUCACUGAUCCGCUUCUCGCCGACGUGCCAAAGAAACCUAUGUUGUCCGACGUCGACACUCUCAUCAACUUGGAGCUCGGAAGCGCCAUGCGUCUCAAUGUCCUCAAAUUGGAUGGGACAUCCGUCGAUGUUGCCUUGAUGAAUACUGCCACUUUGAAGGACCUGAAACUGGCAGUUAAGAAAAAAGUGAAUGAAAUGGAGGAGUCAAGGAUGGGUCAUCGUCAAAUUUCGUGGAGACACGUGUGGGCGAAUUUUUGCCUUUCAUACCACAACGAGAAGCUGCUCGAUGACAAUUGUUCACUUCACGAUUAUGGCAUCAGAAACAAUUCUCAGGUACAAUUUAUUUCCUAUGUCGCUUCAAAAGCUUCCCGAAGACACCAAAGGAGCAGAAAGCACCGUUUCUUUCAUGGUUUAAACAGAAAAUCUUAAGACUAGAAUCCUAGUCCUGGAUUCUAGUGGUCUUUUGUGU